AUCUUGGGUGUUUUCAAUAAGAUUGAUCCCAGCAAGAUCUCUCCUCAGGCUAACUUCAACUCCGCUCUCAAGUUGGAUUCUUUGGGCAAUGUCGAGGUUGUCAUGGCUAUCGAGGUUCCCGAUAAGGAUGCUGAUGAGAUUAAGUCUGCUGCUCAGGCUGUUGAUUACAUCUCCAAAUGCGAGGAUGCUCACUAA